GCGCGUUCUGAGAAUAAGGACUCGAAAUCCUACAAAUCCUUGGAUUUGAGGUGGGGAGAUCGCGGCGGCGGGGAGAUGGCCGACGCGAGAGAUCCGGCGAUCAAGCUCUUCGGUAGGACAAUCCCGCUGCCGGAUGGCCAGGCCCAGGUGGAGGCCGGAGAGAGCUCCGGCCCGGCUCAGGCGGAGCUCUCUCCGGCGACGGAGGAGACGGCGGCCGUCGAGGAGAAGGAUGAAAGCAGAGAAGUCAUAGAUACUGAAGUCAAAGAUUCAAUUUCUCAUGCAGCAGAGAAUUUGGACCAGACUAAGCCAGCUAGCUGUUCUGGUUUUAGCAGUGGCAAAGAAGAUGAUUGUCACAUGUCCGCUCAUGAUGACAAUGCAGUAGCAGAUCCUAAGUCUGAGAAAGAUCAUGCCGAGGCCAAUGCCUCCAUCCAAGAGAAGGUGCUCAAGAAGCCAGACAAGAUUCUGCCAUGUCCUCGCUGUGACAGCUUGGAUACCAAGUUCUGUUACUAUAAUAACUAUAAUGUCAACCAACCUAGGCACUUCUGUAAGAACUGUCAGAGAUACUGGACUGCUGGAGGGACAAUGAGGAAUGUUCCAGUAGGUUCUGGAAGGAGAAAAAAUAAGCACUCUGCAUCACAUUGCCGUUAUGUGGGAUCUGACGGAAUGCCAUGCAAUCAAGUAGAUGCCUCUGAUUCGUGCAGCCCUCAGGCUCUUCCUGCUGGUCUUUCUGCUCCUGUGAGGCCCGUGAAAGGAAAUGGCACUGUCGUCAAGUUUGGUUCAGAAGCACCACUUUGUGAGUCCAUGGCCUCUGUGCUCAGUCUUGGAGAACAGAAGAGAAAUGCUGAGGCAGGCUUUUCAGCUGGUGGAGAAAACAGGGAAAAAGCCUCUUGUAAAUCUUCUGCAAUGCCCUCUAAUCGUGUGGAAAAUGAUCAUCAUGAAAUUCCAGUUCACAUUGAACAAAAUGGCUUGCAGGGCUACCAUAAUGGACUCACUCCCAUGCACCACCUUCAAAGUUUUCCUGGGCCUCCUUGGAUUUACGCAUGGCAUCCAGGAUGGAAGAGUGUCAGUUCCAUUGCUGCAGGUCAGUGCUCUUCUGAGCUGGUUUGCAGACCAGAGAAUGGCAGUCCAAAUCCAGUCCCAUGGUGCCCACCUAUGAUGACCACUCCUGCUUUUUGCGCACCUCCUAUUCCAUUCCCAUAUGUGCCAAGUUCAUUUUGGGGUUGCAUGUCUAGCUGGCCCCUGAAUAUUCCCUGGGUUGGAUCUAAUGAUGGCCUAUCACCAUCAUCAUCUGCAAGCCGCAGAGGUUGUUCCGGCAAUAACUCUCCAAACUUAGGCAAGCAUUCUAGAGAUGCUGCUUUACAAAGUGAGGAGAAAACAGAGAAGUAUUUAUGGGUUCCCAAGACUCUGAGAAUUGGUGAUCCAGAUGAGGCUGCAAAGAGCUCUAUUUGGGCAACCCUAGGUAUUAAGCCCGAUGAGUCCAUCAAGAAAGGUGGCAUUUUUAAAGCUUUCCAUUCUAAAACUGAAAACAAGGGUCACACAACAGAUGCUUCUCAAGUCCUACAGGCGAAUCCGGCAGCAUUGACUCGGUCGCAGACAUUUCAGGAGAGCACAUGAGGGAAUCUGCUGUAAUGGUUCCUGUAAAGAACUUCAAUUGCAUGGACUGUUAAUGCAAAAAUGCCCCCUUGGUUUAAGCAUAUUGGAGUUGCUUUUAUUUGUGGCUCUAAUAUGGUAUCACUUCUUUAAGUUAUUUGAUAAAGGAUGAUUCAUGAUCGCUUCUGACAGAAGGCAAGCUUCCGAGCUUACUCAUGCUUUUCCUUAAGCUGCCACUAGAGUUGGUCAGGUUUGUGAAGGUUCCCCAUUGUCUCAAGAACGUUGUAUGGUAGAGGGGAAAUGUUAUUAUCUAUAGCUUCUCUGAAACAUUAGUUUACUAAUUAUUACCUCUCUUGCAUUAUGUGUUGGAGUUUUAUGUCCAACAAUAUUAAUACAAAAGGCUGGUUUUGUUUAUAUCCCCAA